AUGGAUCUCCAAGAGGUUAACCUGUCGACAACGGACAUAACAGUGUAUCGUGUCUCAGAUGAGGGAGAGGCUGCCAUCGGGAUUUACCUACUGAUACUGGGAUGGCUGUCUUGGCUUGGCAAUGGGGUGGUGAUUUUGGUCUUGACCAAGCAGCUGCACACACUGCAAGCCCAGGACUUUCUCACUCUCAACCUGGCCAUAUCAGACACUGGCAUUGCCAUGUUUGGCUACUCCCGUGGAAUUGUAGAGGUGUUCAACAUGGUCGGGGAUGACGGAUACCUUCUGCAGACCUUCUGGACCUGCCAGGUGGAUGGCUUCCUAAUCCUGCUCUUCGGCCUCAUCAGUAUCAAUACGCUGACGGCCAUCAGUAUCGUGCGCUACAUCAAAGGGUGCCAGCCUCAGCUCGCCCAUCGUGUCACCUGGAGGAACAUCUUCAUUGUGAUUGGCCUCAUCUGGGCGAACGCCAUCUUCUGGGCCGGCUCUCCACUGCUGGGCUGGGGAAGCUACAAAGUGCGCAGGUACGGCACGUGUGAGAUCGACUGGGUCCAGGCCCGCUUCUCGGUGGCCUACAGGCUCUACGUCAUCCUCAUCUUCCUCUUCAACUUCUUCCUGCCGGUGGCCAUCAUCGUCUUCACCUACGUGUCCAUCAUGCGCACCGUCAACGCCAGCCUUCGGAGCGGCGAGCUGGGUCCCGAGCUCAGCGAGAGGCAGAGGAAGAUAGAGAGGGGCAUCACUCAGGUCUCUCUGCUGGUGUGUGCUGCCUUCCUGCUGGCCUGGUCUCCCUACGCGGUCAUCUCCAUGUGGUCGGCGCUGGGCCACAACGUGCCGCCCCUCAACGGCCUGGUGGCGGCGCUGUUCGCCAAGUCGGCCAGCUUCUACAACCCCUUCAUCUACAUGGGCCUGAGCGCCAAGUUCCGCGCCGACCUGCGCGAGCUCUUCCCCCUGCACCGCUGCCCGCGAUGGAGGCCCGGCGCUGGGCUGCAGCUGCACUGUCCCUCCCCUUACACCGCCGCCGGUGGUGGUGCUCCAGGGAUACUGGAGUCAUCUUCCAAGGAUUCCCAGUCUGGCGGUGGUCUGACUCCCAACGCGGUGCUCAUCAACCUGGACCGCUUCAAGGAGCCCAUCCCCGAGGAGGAGGGCAGGGUGAGGAGGCUGGGGGUGGACUCCGGGGUGGAGACGGGCCGAAGCUCCACCGGCUCCAAUGUGCCCCUGGUGAAGCGGGAGGCGGGCGUGGGAGGAGAGAGGGAGGACCGGGUUCGUAAAGUGACGGGGGGAGAUGAGGAGGGGCAGCAAGAGGAGGAGGAGGAGCAGCGGGAGGAGACGGACUGCCUGCGAAGCCCCCUGGUUACAUACAGCGCCCCUGCCCCACACACCUACUCACACACAUAUUCACAAAUGUACUCACUGCCAUACACCCACCCACACUCACACACACAGCCACAGAGAGGAUUCAUCCGCAGGCAGAGCAACAGUGGACGCCUCUGA